AUAUGUACUCAACGAACGAUCUCAGUCCACGUAUCCAGUAAUAAUAAUAAUGAUAAAAAUGUGGACAAUGACUAAUAAUAAUUGCUGGGCUCCCUCCAAUAAAUAUAUUGGCAUCCAUCUUAUCAUGAUCACAUAUUCAUGUUCAUAUAUUUACAUAUUGUAGCUAGCACAGUAGUGUAGUACAUAUAUAUAUAAAUAUAAUAUAGUUGGGAUUAAUAAAUACAUAUAUGCAAUAAUAUGGCUAUGGUAAUACUCCUCCUUGUAUUUGUUACUGUUGUAAUUUUCCACCAUUGGUGGAGAAAUAGAAAUGCAAUACUUACAAAUUGGCCAAUGUUGGGGAUGUUACCUGGGCUGAUGUAUAAUACUCCAAGGCUACAUGAGUUUAUGACUGAGCUAAUGACCAAAAGUGGGGGAGCAUUUGAGUUCAAAGGCCCAUUGUUUAGUGGCAUGGAUUUCAUCCUAACAUCUCAUCCUUCGAAUCUUCAACACAUGUACACAACUAAAUUCUCCAACUAUCCCAAAGGGGAAGAAUUCAGAGAGGUUCUUGAUCUUAUUGGUGAUGGAAUUUUGAAUGUUGAUUCUGAGUUGUGGAGACUUCAAAGGAAAAUGUUUCAGCUUUGGACAAGAACACAUGCUAAUUUUGAUUCAUUUGUUGCAACAACUCUUCAUCGAAAGGUCGUUGAUUACUUAAUCCCAUUUCUCAAUCAUGCUAGUGAUACCAAAAUUGAGGUUGAUAUACAAGACACAUUACAAAGAAUGAUCACAUUCGAUAAUGCAAUUCUAUUCAUUUUCGGGUUAGAUCUUACUGCUUAUUCAUUUAAAUCUCCCAAACACGAAUAUCAAAAGGCAUUUAAUGAUAUGCAAGAGGCAGCAAUUCACCGACACAUAGUACCAAAAUGUCUUUGGAAAUUACAAAGAUGGUUAAACAUAGGAAUCGAGAGAAGGGUUUCAAUUGCAAAUCAAAUCUUUGAUGAAUUCAUAUACCAAUGCAUCUCACUAAAACGAGAACAAAUAAUGAGCCAAAGCAAAAACCAUGAUUUGGGUUUGUUAUCAAUUUACAUGAAAGAAAAAGAAAAGCCAUAUUCAGAUAAGUUUCUUAGAGAUGUUGCAUUUAGUUUCUUGGCAGCUGCUAGGGACACAUUGAAUGUUGGGUUGUGUUGGUUCUUUUGGUUUGUGGCCACUCAUCCUAAUAUAGAGACCAAAAUUAUCAAUGAAAUGAAAGAAAAGUUGGGAACUAACUAUAAUAAUUUAGAUUAUGAUUAUUAUAAAAGUGAAGAGGUGAUGAGUAAGUUGGUGUAUUUACAAGCAACAAUAUAUGAAACCUUUAGACUUUAUCCAUCGGUGCCUUUCAACCAUAGAACUUCAACUAAAGAAGAUGUUUUUCCGAGUGGUCAACGAGUGAAGGCGAAUCAAAUGGUGUUGACUUGUGCUUACGCAACGGGGAGAAUGGAAGAGGUUUGGGGAAAAGAUUGUUUAGAGUUUAAGCCAGAGAGAUGGAUUUCGGAGAAAGGUGAGUUUGUGUUUGUGCCAUCUCAUAAGUUUCCAGCCUUUCAUGUUGGACCAAGGACUUGUUUAGGUAAAGACAUGGCUUUGGUUCAGAUGAAAGUCAUGGCCCUAACUCUUCUUAAAAAUUAUCGUUUUCAUGUUGUGGAAGGACAUCAUGUGUGCCCUAGGAUUUCAGCCACCAUUAGCAUGAAAUAUGGACUCAAAAUUAGGGUUUCCAAAAGAUCUUGAUAUAUCUUAAACAAAUCAAUCAAUUAAAGAGAAUUUAUUUUAUUGUUGUGUGUAAUUUUGGCUUUUGAUAAGAAUAUAAUGUUAUGUUUAGCUUAGCUUA